AUGUUUUUUCAUCAGAAUCGUCGACGACAGAAUAAUUAUGGUAUAUAUUUAUUGGCAUAUCAGCUGUUUAAUUCACGUUAUAUUCCACCAAUUACUUUAGCUGUUAUAAUAUUUCAAAUGGCGAUUUUUCUUGGUUAUUUCCCUUUUCUUGCACAACAUAGGGCAGAAGCUAUGUGUCUUCUGCCGUCGCGUAUAUUAUAUCGAUGUGAAUGGUUACGAAUGCUUGCAUCCACAAUUAUGCAUGUUGAUGACAUGCAUCUUUAUUUCAAUAUGAUCUCAUUAUUGUGGAAGGGUCGACGUUUAGAGCCUUGGCUGGGUUCGAAUCGUUUUCUAUUGCUCUUGGCAGUAUUUGCCGUUGCAACAAGCAGUACUAUGGUUGGAUUAAGCUAUUUAGCUGAUGAAGUAUUCUCUUUUAAUGGUGGUGGCUAUAUGAAUCAAUGUGCUAUUGGUUUUUCCGGUGUACUUUUUGCUUUGAAAGUACUCCAUACAACAUAUUUUCCUUAUUCGGAUCAUAAUUUAUUUGGAUGGCUUCCUAUACCAUCACAGCUUGCUUGCUGGGCAGAACUGUUCUUUCUACAAAUGCUGACUCCCAAUGUAUCAUUUAUUGGUCAUCUUUCGGGCAUCAUUGUUGGUUUAGCCUAUACGAUGGGCCCAUUGAAAACAGUUGUUGACAUUCUAGAAAGCAUCAUUUCUCUUUUACUUGGUAGUAUACCGAAAUCAUUUUCACAGACAAGGAAUAGAACAAGAUCAAAUAAUAGAAAUUGGUUCACUAAUUUGAGCUUUGGAGGUAGAAACAGCGCUGCAUAUGAAAGACCUUCAUAUGGAUGGGAAAAUGAACAAAGAAAUUUUAACGAGUAUACAGGUGGUAUGUCUGAAGAGGAGCAGCUAUGGCGAGCAACACAGAGAAGUUUGUAUGAAGACAGUUGA